AUGGUGGUGAAGCAAUACGCUCCCGGAGAGCCCCGAGCCCUCAUCGCCCCGCGCAGGCCGCAAUCCGCGGCGCGGAGUUUGGCCAUCGCCAGCCGAGCCCCCCGCGUCCUGAGGGAAAGCCGAGCGCUGCUCCGAGCCAGGGACACGCACCGGUGCCGCGCCCACCGCCUCCACUCACCCAUCAACCCGGCUGCACAAGGCGAUAUUCACUCCUUUACGGGAGGGCUCCUUCUGAACACCAGGCUGGGAUUACGGCUCCCACACCAUCCACCUAAUCCCCGCUGCGCUCAUCGGGGGCGGCGUACCGCGAAGCGCAUGAGCUCCGAGGACGGCAGAUCUGUCCCCCACCGUUACCGCCAGUUUCUGCCUCUUUUUCCCUUUCUCCCAACGCAGCAGGAGAAGGCGGAGUGGGAAAACCUAAACAAGGUAUUAGUGCGUCAUGGCUUGAAACCCGUGAGUCUUGCUGCCCCCCAAAGCUGCUGCAGAGAUAGAUCAGAUAUGUUUGUCCUAGACUGUCAGUCUUCUCUAGGAAUAAGACUUGCAUUAAAAACGCUGGUGGAAGACACUGAGCGACAGCAGAAAGUGAUGCAGGGACUUAUGGAAGCAAAUCGAUGUCUUAGAGAUGUGGUACGACUGGAACAAGGUCGGGCAUCUCGGCAAGAGGAGCGGGCUAAUGAUUUGGAAAAUGUGGUGAAAAGCAUUAAGGCCAAAAUUUGUCAGCUGGAAGAUGAAACAAUAGCUAAAGCAUGCCAGCAACAGAACCAAGUCAAGGAACUUCAAAAAGAGCAACAGGCUUCACAGGUAAAAUACCAACAGCAGCAGAAAAAGCUGCAAGAACAGGAAGAGACUAUUGCCCGCUUGCAGAAAGAGCUGAGCAGAGCUGGGAGGGAGGAGCAGCAGCGAGUUGCCACUCAAAACAAAAUGUUUUGUCAGUUUUGCAAAAGAGUUCCCAAGUCUCUCCUGGAUCACCGGUACCUUUGUCUAAUUGAUUAUUAUGAAUCUCAGAUUAGUCAGAUUAAAAAGGAGCUGAGGAAAUAUAAAAAAGAUGAAGAUGAGGUGCAGAGAGAAGUAAGAAACAAGGAAGAGUUCUUAAAUCUAGAUGCUACUCCGAAUUACAAGGCACUGCUCAUGUCUUUCCAGAAGCAGCUUACUGAAUCAAAAGCCAAGAACAAACAGCUUUUGCUUGAAAAUAUAAGUCUCAAGAAAGAUUUGGAAAUAAGGCCAACUGCACAGGACUUAAAAUUUUACAAGCACCAAGUGAAGAAACUACAGAAAACUUUAAAGAAAACUACCCAAUUUUCAGGGAGCAGGACCAGAGAAGAAGAAGAAAAGAAAGACACUGGCAGAAUUGCAGAGGUGGAUCAGCUGCAGGCUGCUUGUCAGCAAUACUUGCAGGUUUUGUCCCAUAUUGAUUCUAUUUUGCGAAGCCCAAGAGCUCCUCCAUUAAUAUUCCAGUCCAGCAAAGGGCCAGUGCAAAAUUGCAUUAAAGAGAAUGGUCAGGGAUGUGGAUUUGAGCACCUUCCACUCACUAUAGAAAUGUGGGCAGAUCAGCUCAUAGCCCUAAAGGAUUUGCAUAGGGCCCUGAGAAAACUGUCUCUGGAACUGCUGCCUGGGAACACUAAAGAUCCACAGGAUAACAGAGAAUCCUUAAGAGUUGAAGACCUCCAGCUGAUGGUAGAUGCAAUUUUGGAAGAAUUAGAACAUAAGGAAAAGAACAGCCAGACACAGUCCUUGCAAACACUGUCUGCCAUAGUCUCUCACUUCCAGAAGUUGUUUGAUGUGAAUUCUCUGAGUGGUGUUUAUCCACGGAUGAAUGAGGUUUACACAAAGCUGGGGGAAAUGACCAAUGCCAUGAGGAAUCUCCAGGAGCUCCUGGAACUAGACAGUUCAGCUCCACCCACUAUGGUAGUGGAUACUGUUGGGAAACUGUGUGACAUCAUUAAUAAGAACGUGACUGAGCAGGUACAGCAGCUUCUGGGCACCCAAGACAUCCACAGUAUCAUCAAUAAGCUUGAAGAACAUGACUGCUUCUUUCCACCCUUUCAAGCUCUCAUUGAAGAUUUGCUGUGUCUUUUAGAGAUCAGUAAUGUGGAUGAUAUUUUACCAGCAGUGCAAAACCUGAAAUGGGGAGCUGGUUAUGGCUGACUCCACUCAAGAAUCAAGAUUUCUCUUACCUGUGAAAGUACCUGCUGGUGCACAUUACAUUGCAGCUACCUCCAAGCACUGUUAUCCUAAGCAACAAUUCCAGAUUUUUUACACGUAAAUAAA